CGACCCACCCCAACUUCCCCACCUCAGGGCCACCUCUUCCUGAACACCAGACGCCUCUGCAACGAUGGAUCUUCUCCUCUUGGAGAAAGCCCUCGUAGCUCUCUUCUUCGCCAUCGUCCUAGCUAUCACCAUCUCUAAACUGCGCGGAAAGCGCUUCAAGCUCCCUCCAGGUCCCCUGCCCGUCCCGGUCUUCGGCAACUGGCUCCAAGUCGGGGAUGACCUGAACCACCGCAAUCUGACCGACUUAGCCAAGAAGUUCGGUGACAUCUUAUUGCUUCGCAUGGGCCAACGCAACCUCGUCGUUGUCUCCUCACCGGACCUCGCCAAAGAAGUCCUACACACUCAAGGGGUUGAGUUCGGUUCACGGACCCGGAAUGUGGUCUUCGAUAUCUUCACGGGGAAGGGCCAAGACAUGGUGUUCACCGUCUACGGCGAGCACUGGCGAAAGAUGAGACGGAUCAUGACCGUCCCUUUCUUCACCAACAAGGUGGUUCAGCAGUACCGGUACGGUUGGGAGGAUGAGGCCGCUCGGGUGGUGGAGGAUGUGAAGAACAAUCCCGAGGCCGCAACUAAAGGGAUCGUCUUGAGGAAGCGGUUGCAGCUCAUGAUGUACAACAACAUGUACCGGAUCAUGUUCGACAGAAGGUUUGAAAGUGAGAAUGACCCGUUGUUUGUUAAGCUCAGAGCGUUGAAUGGUGAGAGGAGUAGGUUGGCUCAGAGCUUCGAAUACAACUACGGAGAUUUUAUUCCUAUCUUGAGACCCUUCUUGAGAGGAUACUUGAAGAUUUGCAAGGAGGUUAAAGAGAGGAGGUUGCAGCUCUUCAAGGACUAUUUCCUAGAGGAGAGAAAGAAGCUCGCAAGCACGAAACCCACCGACAACACUGGGCUAAAAUGCGCCAUAGAUCACAUCCUCGACGCCCAACAGAAGGGAGAGAUAAACGAAGACAACGUUCUUUACAUCGUCGAAAACAUCAACGUCGCCGCGAUCGAGACGACAUUGUGGUCGAUCGAGUGGGGCAUAGCGGAGCUCGUGAACCACCCUGAGAUCCAGAAGAAGCUCCGGGACGAGCUCGACACGGUGCUAGGACCCGGUGUGCAAAUCACGGAGCCCGACACCUAUAAGCUCCCAUACCUGCAGGCAGUGAUCAAGGAGACUCUGCGGCUACGUAUGGCGAUUCCACUAUUGGUCCCACACAUGAACCUCCACGAUGCCAAGCUCGGUGGCUACGACAUUCCUGCCGAGAGCAAGAUCCUCGUUAACGCUUGGUGGCUUGCCAACAACCCAGCGCAAUGGAAGAACCCAGAGGAGUUCCGUCCCGAGAGGUUCCUGGAGGAGGAAUCCAAGGUGGAGGCCAACGGCAAUGACUUCCGGUACCUCCCGUUCGGUGUUGGCCGGAGGAGCUGCCCGGGAAUUAUACUGGCGCUGCCCAUCCUCGGCAUCACAUUGGGCCGUCUGGUUCAGAAUUUCGAGCUCCUGCCACCUCCAGGUCAGUCGAAGCUAGAUACCACGGAGAAGGGCGGGCAGUUCAGCUUGCACAUACUGAAGCACUCUACCAUUGUCGCAAAGCCAAGAGUAUUUUGAGUUUAAAUUUUAAUUCUCUCUGGGUUUUGUUCUCUUUUUCCCCCUUUUUCUUUAAUCAAAUAUUGUGUACUUGGUAGCUACAGGCCUACCGUAAUGGUGGAAUAUGGGAUGAAAUUGGAAUUUGGUGGGUGAGACAAGGAAAUGUUGAUAUGCUUUACUCGGGGCAUGCAUGAACAAUUUAGAUGUAUGAAUAUAUGCAAGGACGACUGUAAUCUUGCUGUAUGCCGAUCCACAAUAAGUAUCAGCUCUUUACUUGUUUCUUAA